AAGCAGUAUGUUUUACGCAUUCAUAGCACUUGUUAUGGCCUUGCUCCACCAGUCACUCGCAGUACAGGUACAAACGGAGCACACCAUUGUGGACGAAUGGAGCUGGCAAGAUCAUCACAGCAACGGAGACUUGGGACGCUAUCACUACUACACAGCUUUAGAUUAUGAUCAAAAUUUGGGCGGUGAUAGGAAUUCAAACGGUUAUGAAUAUGAAGAGGAUGAUGGCAGGGAUGAUACUGCCGCCGGCUUGGACCGGGAUGAGGAUUCGUGCGAGCACAGCUGUCCCCGGUACUACCGCCCCGUCUGCGUUCUCCGCAAUGGCCGCAAUGUGACAUUUGCCACUCUGUGCGAGUUCCACAACCAAGUACGUUGUGCCAACGAUCUGAGAAGACAAGGUCACGGCUAUCAGAUGACCAUAUUUAAAUACCAACAUGAUGGUGGCUGCCAAACAAUGUGAUUAAUUUAGAGAGAUUUACUUCAAGUAGCUCGAAGUACCAUUUCAAAACAUAAAGCCCACAAUUCUUCAAUCCCUUCCUCGAUAACGAAGAUUCGAAAAAGCAUGAGAACGCAAAUACAAAUGAAUUUUAAUGGGAUGAUGCUCCUACCAGGUUGGAUCAGUGUGACAGUAAGUCUCUCCUUAUAAAGACAUCAGCUUGUCAGCAGAAAAAUUUUAUUACGUACAUAAAUAAAAUUGUACGGCUCCAAAUAUAAUGUAAACAAAAUAAGAUGUGUCCGGGAUACAAUAACUUUUAACGUAUGUUCGUUUACAUGUUUACUUACAUGGCGUUUACAUACAUGUGUAUGUCAUUAAUGUACAUACAUAUACAGUUAUAAUGUUAUUAUAACUGUAUCCUGAAACUGUACUUGCGCGACUUAAGACCUACAUGUGUGUGUCAUUUAUGUACAUUUACAGUUUUUAUGUAAUCAUAACUAUAUCCUGAAGCCAACACGCAUACCUUCAAAUGAUAUGAGGAUCGUAACCUUUAGCAAUCAAAAUUUUGAACACCAAUUUUUGUGACUUGGUAUAUAUGUACAUAUAUAAGCUCACAUUCACACAAACAUAUGUAUGCAUAUAAAUACAUUUAAAGAAACGAGCAUUUUCAAUCAUUUACCUUUUAGCGAAAGCAGCAUUCCGCGCUGUUGGUACAGCUUAUAAGGCGUCAUACUAAAAGCAAUCAUAGGAAUUAAUUUAAACACCGGAAUCUUUACCAGCCUUUCUUGCCUGCGAUCGCGUACAAAUCCUUGAUAUGCAGAUCAUUUAGGUUGGUUAAAUAGCGCACUUUGCUCCUGUUGUUUUUGCAAGACCGCUGGGAAUAACACUUGGGACACUAUUAAGACGAUGUCUACUAUUAAGUUAACCGCACUAAGUCCGGGAGCUGGAAACUCCGUCAGAUUUGUGAAUUUACAUAUCUUAGCUUUGCGUAAAAACCAAUACGCAUGCCGUUGAAGAGUCAAUCACAAUGGCUGCGCUAAUAACUGUUGAUUGUGACAUAUCGAUAUAUCGAUUGCAUUCCCUGCUUCUUGGCGUCUGGAUGAUAAGACUGUUAAAUUCAAAUUUCGAAUUAUUAAAACGUUUACACAUUCCUAUAAAUUACCGAAUUUCAGAAAAACAAAUAAUAAUAUUGAUUCAAAUACCCCAUAUAGUAAGCGAAACAAUACAAUAACUCAAAAUAAACUGUCAUGAAAUUUAUUGCAAUGUUCAUAUGAAAAAGGGAUUUCUUUAAAAGAAAAUUCUUGUACACAAAUAUUUGUAAUAUUAAAAUAUUUUAUGGACGCUGUCUCAUUAUGUUUGUUGUGAAAAACCAGGGCUAUGAUGACUUUAUUUGGUUGUAAAGACAUUGCAAUAUCUGUUGUUUGUACGAUUAAAGUAUUCUUUCUGCGCAUACCGGUAAAAUUAAACUUUUCAUCUUUAUCUUUAAUAUAUUUUUGUAAAGGAAAAUACAUUAUCUUAUGGUUGGUUACAGAAAAUACAAAGACAGAGUGUAAUGUACAUACAAUCGAGUUGUUUAAAACUUUAGGUUAAACAUAUACAACGCAUACAACAAA